AUGGAAACGCAAAUGCACGCCGACGAUCCUUUGCACUCUGCUCAAUCUCCCAUGUCUUUUAACUCCUGUGGCACCCCUGUCAUGCACAUCCCCAGCGCAGAAAUUCAAGCCUUCCUGGAGGCGUCGUUCAACGCAGCUGUGCCUGUGGGGUGCACACCCGCCGACAAGGAUAUCCUUGUCAAUGCCAUUUAUUCCGCAAAGCAGAAUAACCUAGAUUAUCUGGAUAUCCUCAAUUCCCUUCACGGUACAAAUGGACACGUCGCUGCCCAAUGGAAAGACUACUACCUGGCGCAUGUACAUGAAAUUGAUAGGUUAGUCUCAGAGCGAAUCACACCCGUUACAACUCCAGUCCGAGGCGCCAAGAAGCCUCGCUUCUCUUCCCCAUCGCCGACUCCUUCGACUCUCAGCCUAGGAUCUUCUGACUCAGAAGAGCUACCGGAGUUCUUUACGCCAACAUCCACCCCAAGUAAAGUUUCCCAGCCUCGCAGCCCAGGCAAUGGUGUUCCAUUUCGUCAGGGCGAAUUAAAUAAAAUGGCGGGGUAUAUUGCAACAUUGGAUGACUGGGAAUCCAGGAACCGAGUGUCACGUUGGAAUGGCCUCUCAGCGACUACCACACCCUUCCGCUCUCCCGGGGCCUGGGAAGCCCACUACCGAAAGCGAAAAGAUAUCAUCGACAAUUUGGUUGAGCAGCUGCUUGAGUCUCGCCAAAUCCCUUCCACCGCCCCCUCGGAGUCUGCCUGGGGCCCCCCUCAGCAGUACCCAGGCGACCAUUACCUGGAGGGCUCAUCGUACGAAACAGGAUCCACCUCGUCCUCGGAGACUCUCAGCGAUGCGCCGUCGUCUGAUUCUGACUAA